UUUACCGGAAAGUGGAAACACGAGGUUAGCAGAUAAGAGCUGGGGAGGGAGGUCCUUUCUUUUGACUCUUCCAUCUAACCCACACUGAGGCCUUUGUAUUCUCUCUUUCAUUUCUUUCUCGCCAGGCCAUAACCAGGACUGGAAGCAUCAUUGAGUAUUUGUCAUGGAUUAUGGUGCUGAGCCUUCUAAUGGAUAUCACGAGAUAGAGAGGAAGAGCGUGGAAGAUGAGGCUUCUCCGGAUGCUAGUAUAGGGCCUGCCGAAUUGAAGGAUUUGAAAACAGAGGAGAUGUCGGAGGAGGCAACAGAAGGUCUAGAGCAUUCCCAUGAUCGGGGAGUGAACAACUGUCCCAAGGAUAAUAUUGUCGGGGAUGACGAUCCUUCUGAUGCGGUCAGUGCUCCGGUUUCUAGUCUUUUGCAUGAAAAUCCUGAUGCACCACAAGAGGCUGAGAACUUUGAGGAGGCGGUUUCCGUUUCUUGUGAGUCUAGCGACCACAUGGAGGGGGCGGCGGAAGUAAUUGUUAAUCAGAGGGUAGAUGAGCACGGCGAGGGACUUGAUGGCAUUCAUUUGGAUGGAAUUGACUCUGGGGAGACUGUAGAUGGUGUAUUGCACGAGGAAUCAUACAGUAUAGGGAAGGAUCAAUUGGAGGGUAGAGAUGGGCAUGCUGGAAAGGAGGUAUCUGAGUUAAACGGGGACGUAGUUGUUAGGGAGAAUGCUUGCAUUUCGAGCAUCAACCCUGGUUUAGUGACUGAGAAGACUGAAAAUGAGGAGUUUUUGACUCCAAGAGCAAACGUUGGUCUAGUCUUGGAAGAUGAAAGUGGGGACAGGGUGGAUAAUGUUGUUUCUGAAUCUCAUACAGAAUCUGAACCAGGUGAGAAGAUUCUGGAUGAAGGUGCUGGUUCUAAGGCUGAGAAUUUGGAGGAGAGUAUUGAGGAUAGUGUAUUUUGUCAUGGCAAGACUGAGGAGCAGUUGAAUGCUUCACGUAAUCCUCAUCAUGAAAUUGAAGAUAAUAGAGGUGAAGAAGUGCAUGGCAACUCAGCUCAUAUGGAUGCAGAACAUCAGGUUGAAACAACAGGGGAUGUGAAUUAUGAAGUCCAUGGCACUGAUAUAAUCCACGAGAAUAACGAUAGUGAAAGAUUGUGUAUAUCUGGUGGUAAUAGUACUGAAUGUGAAGAUUAUUGCAAUUUUGUUACAAAGGAUACUACAGCUGGAUCAGACUUAGAACAUCAGAAGGCUAUUUCUGAACUGGGAGAAGCUCCUCCCAAUCUACUUGAAUCUGUGGGGGAAAGGGAUAUGAAUCUGGAUGCUGGAAGCUCAUGUUUAAAAAAUUCUUCUCCUGAUGAGAAAAGUGUUCAAGCUACAGCAGCUGAGCUUAUUGAAGGAACUGACAAAGGUUGUCUACUUCAGAAGGAUGAAGGAGAAUUUGGUGGAGGAGGCUGUGACACCUCCCCUGUUGUUGAGGAGCCGGAAAAAUUACAGGAGAAGAAUAUCAAAGAGAAGCAUGUCCCUCAGAUCACUCAGGAACAGAAUGUUCAGCAUGCUGGAGAGCCUGUUUCUUCAACUGGAAAACCAGCUGUUACUAAUCCAUCUCCUGUUCAUCCUGCUGGCCUUGGGCGUGCUGCACCAUUAUUGGAACCUGUGCCUAGGGUAGUGCAACAGCCUCGAGUAAAUGGUUCCAUGUCUGGUAUCCAGUCACAACAAAUUGAGGACUCCUCAAAUGCUGAGGCCGAGGAGAAUGAUGAAACUCGUGAGAAACUUCAGAUGAUUAGGGUGAAGUUUUUACGGCUGGCUCACAGGCUCGGACAGACUCCACACAAUGUUGUCGUAGCACAAGUUUUAUAUAGACUAGGAUUGGCUGAGCAGCUUAGAGGGAGAAAUGGGGGCCGUGUUGGUGCUUUUAGUUUUGAUCGUGCUAGUGCUAUGGCUGAGCAGCUUGAAGCGGCGGGUCAGGAGCCUCUUGAUUUCUCUUGCACAAUAAUGGUUCUUGGAAAAACUGGAGUUGGUAAAAGUGCCACAAUCAAUUCUAUUUUUGAUGAGGUUAAGUUCAAUACUGAUGCUUUUCAUAUGGGAACAAAGAAAGUGCAGGAUAUUGUGGGAACUGUGCAGGGCAUAAAGGUACGAGUCAUUGAUACUCCAGGGCUUCUACCUCCAUUGUCAGAUCAACGACAUAAUGAGAGGAUCCUUCACUCUGUCAAACGCUUUAUCAAGAAAACACCACCAGAUAUUGUGUUGUAUCUUGAUAGAUUGGACAUGCAGAGCAGGGAUUUUAGUGAUAUGCCUCUGUUACGCACAAUUACAGAGAUUUUUGGGCCAUCAAUAUGGUUCAAUGCUAUUGUGGUUUUGACUCAUGCAGCAUCAGCUCCACCUGAUGGGCCUAAUGGUACAGCCUCUAGCUAUGACACGUUUGUCACCCAACGUUCUCUUGUCGUGCAACAAGCCAUUCGUCAAGCUGCUGGAGAUAUGCGGCUCAUGAAUCCUGUAUCAUUGGUAGAGAACCACUCUGCAUGCAGAACAAAUAGGGCUGGCCAGAGAGUGUUGCCGAAUGGCCAGGUUUGGAAACCUCACUUGUUGCUUUUGUCUUUUGCAUCAAAAAUUCUUGCCGAAGCAAAUGCUCUUCUUAAGUUGCAAGAUAGUCCACCUGGAAAAGCUUACACAGCUCGCGCUAGAGCUCCACCAUUACCUUUUCUACUGUCAUCCCUUCUGCAGUCAAGACCACAGUUAAAGACACCAGAGGAGCAGUUUGGCGAUGAAGACAGCAUUGAUGAUGAACUGGAUGAGUCAUCUGAUUCUGAUGAUGAAACAGAGCUUAAUGACUUGCCACCAUUUAAACCUUUAACAAAGGCCCAACUGGAAAAACUGUCUAAAGCUCAGAAGAAAGCAUACUUUGAUGAAUUGGAGUACAGAGAAAAGCUUUUCAUGAAAAAACAAUUGAAGGAAGAAAAAAAGCAGCGGAAGAUGAUGAAGAAAAUGGCAGAAUCUGCAAAAGAUUUGCCAAGUGACUAUAGUGAAAAUGCAGAAGAAGAAAGUGGCAGUGCAGCUUCUGUACCUGUUCCUAUGCCAGAUUUAGCUUUGCCUGCUUCUUUUGAUUCUGAUAAUCCCACUCAUCGGUAUCGGUAUCUUGAUUCAUCCAACCAGUGGCUUGUGAGACCUGUCCUUGAAACUCACGGAUGGGAUCAUGAUGUGGGUUAUGAAGGAAUAAAUGUAGAAAGGUUGUUUGUUCUCAGAGACAAGGUACCCUUGUCUUUCUCUGGUCAGAUUUCAAAGGAUAAAAAGGACGCUAAUGUCCAGAUGGAAAUAGCCAGUUCCAUAAAGCAUGGGGAAGGGAAAGCAACUUCAUUAGGUUUUGACAUGCAGACCGUUGGGAAGGACUUAGCUUAUACUUUACUUAGUGAGACAAGGUUUAGUAAUUUUAGGAGAAACAAGGCGACUGCCGGGCUCUCCUUCACUUUCCUGGGUGAUUCAUUUUCGGGUGGAGUCAAAGUUGAAGAUAAAUUGGUUGCUAAUAAACGGUUCAAGGUGGUUUUAACUGGGGGUGCAAUGACAAGUCGUGGUGAUGUUGCUUAUGGUGGCAGUUUGGAGGCUCAAUUGAGAGAUAAAGAUUAUCCUCUUGGACGCUCGUUGUCAACACUUGGUCUAUCUAUUAUGGAUUGGCAUGGGGACCUUGCGGUUGGCUGUAAUGUACAAUCACAGAUCCCUGUUGGAAGGCAUACAAAUGUCAUUGCCCGUGCCAAUUUGAACAAUAGAGGAGCAGGACAAAUCAGUAUUAGAUUAAAUAGCUCAGAACAACUUCAAAUUGCUUUGAUUGGGCUUGCCCCUUUACUUAAGAAGCUUGCUGGUUGUGCUCAACAGAAGCAGUUCGGACAAUGACGACAAUGAUAAAGUUAGCUUUUGUAUGCUGCGACACUUGCAGGGCAAUACCAUUAGGAAUAACUUCUAAGAUAGCAUGUCUUGCUGGAUACCAUGAAAUGAGUGAUGCUAAGUUGCUUCUUGUGUUUUAUACCCACAAGUAUCUUUUCUUUGAUCUUAGUCUUUGUAGCUUCCCUUCUUAGAUAUUCACUUCCAGUAUUUUUUUUUUUUUUUACAUUUUGCUGUUGGAGUCCAAGCAAUGCUUCUUUUGAUUGAUGUCUAUCUUAUCUGCCUGAGUGUGAAUUUGUUGUUGUCAUCUUAUGAUGUUAUCCCUUGGCUUUCA